AUGAGAUUCAGUGUGUACCGAGGUUUAGUUAUUGCAAUCGUUAUUGCUGUGGCUUUACUCUUCUUUGGCUCCAUUAAACAGGAAACCCAUUCCCAUUCAAUCCAGUCGAAGAGACUGCAGGAGGCUGAUGACAAAGCCUCGGUCGGGGAAAGCAGCAUUCUCAGGAGGAUGGAUAAGAUGGAGGCAGACAUCAAUAAGCUUGUCAAAUUACUGAAUAAAACUGAAGUGAAAGAAGCACCAGUAUCGCCAAAAGCCGAGGAGGUCGAGAAGAUGACAGAGAGGAAGGCAGUGAGGAAACUGUACCCCAAAUCGGCACUGUUCCGAAACUGGGGUGACAAGCUGUCGGAGGAGGAUCAAAAAGAGGCGGAGAGACUGUUUCAGAAGUAUGGUUACAACGCUUUCCUCAGUGACAGGCUGCCCAUCGACAGAGAGAUCCCCGACACCAGAGACAAGAGGUGCAUUGGGAGAAAAUACCCCGAGGAUCUACCCAGCAUCAGCAUCGUGUUGACCUUCCUGGACGAGGCUCUCUCCAUCAUCAAAAGGGCCAUCUGCAGCAUCAUAGACAAGACACCACCACGGCUGUUGAAAGAGAUCAUACUGGUGGAUGACCACAGCGCCAAUGAGGAUCUGAUGGAGAAGCUGGACGACUUGAUCAGCUCCAUCCAUGAGGAUCGUCCGGGCCUGGUGAAGAGAGUCAGACACCCCGAGCAGCUCGGCCUCACUCAGGCCAGACUGUCAGGGUGGAAGGCUGCUACAGGGGAUGUGGUAGCCAUCUUGGAUGCGCACAUAGAAGUCCAUGUUGAAUGGGCAGAACCGCUGUUGGCUCGCAUCCAAGAGGACCGCACGUUGAUUCUGACACCUGUGUUCGACAAAACAAACUUUGAUGACCUGCAAGUGACUCGCUACAUCCCGGCAGCCCACGGCUUCGACUGGGCUAUGUGGUGCUUGUAUGAGUCAUUCAGACCCGAGUGGUACGCACUUAAGGAUUUGUCCCAGCCGAGGAAAAGCCCAUCUAUCAUGGGCAUCCUUGUUGCUGAGCGCAAGUUUUUUGGAGAGAUAGGAAGCCUUGAUGGUGGAAUGAAAAUCUAUGGUGGUGAAAAUGUAGAGCUGGGCAUCCGGGUGUGGCUGUGCGGAGGGAGUAUAGAGGUCAUACCAUGCUCUAAAAUUGCCCACGUUGAGAGGGCCCACAAGCCUUACCUUCCAGACCUCACCCUCAUGCUGAAGCGUAACGCGCUGAGGGUGGCGGAGGUGUGGUUGGAUGAAUACAAGCAAAACGUUAACAUCGCCUGGAACCUCCCGCCCAAGGGUCAUGGGAUAGAUAUCGGGGAUGUUUCAGAGAGGAAGAAGCUGAGAGAGAGGCUGAAGUGCAAACCGUUUCGGUGGUACCUUGAUAAUGUUUAUCCUCAUCUGGAACCCCUGCACGACAUACUGGCCUACGGAGCGCUGAUAAAUGACCUUGCACCAGAUCUAUGUAUGGACCAAGGCUCAGACUCCAAGAACACACCAAUUCUUUAUCAAUGCCAUUUCUUCUCUUCGCAGCUUUCUUUUUACCGAGCCGAUGGACAAAUCCACAUUGGCCCCAUCAAAUCUCACAAGCACAAUAGCAACCGCUGUCUGGUGGACACAGGCGCCAGGAAAUCCCCGGGACUCUAUGAGUGCAAACUGGCCAAGCUGGAGAAAUUCCACAUGUCGUGGGACUUUAAACAAGGAGGAGCUAUCCAGAACAGAGACACAAAGAGAUGCUUGGAGAUUUCAAGAGAUGAAGGCACCUAUUACAAACUUGUUAUCCAGGGAUGCACCGACCAACAAUGGAAAAUACAACACAUUUUAAAAGAGUUCUGA